UCUUCAUAUUUUUUGCUUGUUUUCCUUAUUUAGCCAAAACAGAUGCCCGAUCAGUGGCAGCAUGAUAUGUACAGUGAAGGUGGAGGUGCAAUCAGAAGACAAGGAUUAUCAACUGCAGCGAACGGACCUGGAAAACUGCUAGUUUCAAAUCUGGACUUUGGUGUUUCAAAUAAUGAUAUUGAGGAAUUGUUUGCAGACUUUGGUAGUCUAAAGAAGGCUGCGGUUCAUUAUGACAGGACGGGAAGAAGUCUUGGUACAGCAGACGUUAUCUUUGAAAGGAGAGCAGACGCUAUGAAAGCAAUCAAGCAGUACCAUCAAGUGCCAUUAGAUGGUCGACCGAUGAAUAUUCAGUUAGUGGGUUCAGCGACUGAGCUAGAGUCAAACCCAAUGCAAUCAAGACCGAGACAGCAAGCUGGAGGAGGUCGAGGAGGAGGAGGAAGGGGUGGAGUCCGUCGGAAUCAGGGAAGCUACAACCAAGGAGGCUUCAACCAGGGGGGUUACAACCAGGGCCGAAGGGGUGGAGGAGGCGGACGAGGGGGAGGAACCAGGGGGCGUGGAGUCCGAGGGAGAGGUAGGGGCAGGGGUGGUGGAGGUAAUAAGCCCACACCAACUGCUGCCGAAUUGGAUGCUGAAUUAGAUGCGUAUAACUCACAGAUUGAUAGCUAGAGAGUGCUUGGAUGUAUAUACCACAACAGUACCAUAUCAGACCCAGAAAAGGAUAAUCAGCAAAUUUCCUCUUUUAAUUAUUUUGUAUAAAAAAAUAAAACAACAAGUAUUCCAUUUUAAACGAUAUCAGAUGGCACUAUCCAUUUUGUUCCUACAGGCUCAUGGUUUUUUUUAUUAUUAUCAUUUUUCUAUUAAUAUUGUUCUUUUUCGAUGAUUGUAUAUUUUAUAUUGGUCCAAAGCUAUGUAACAUGCAAGACUUGGACUUAUGAUUGACAAGAACUUGUGGGGUUGCCCUGAAUAUCAGUCCAUUGAGGCAUUACAUGAUUUAUUUACAUUCUGUACAAACAUAAUCUAAGAUGACUAGACCCAGUCACACAAACUCUUAUGAUGGAUCACUAAUAGCAUAGAAUGAUCAAUCCCUAAGCUAUGUGUCACAGGUAAUGUGAUGUGAGGAGAGGAGUAUUGUCUGGCAUUUUGUCAUUGUUAAACCAAAGUGCGAAUGUAUUUUCAGUGAUCUUGAUUAAAUUGUAAAUAAGAAUUUACUUGCACAUCAAAUGUUUUGUUAGCAAUAUCUUUGAUAUUUCUGCUUAUUUAAAGUUAUUUGCUAAAACGGACGAUAAAUUGUGUUAAAAAAUUAAGAAUUAUAUUUUCAAAGUUGCAUUUAAGUUCUGUUUACCUUAACAAAGAGCUUUUUGACUCCUCAAAUAUUGACAUUUUAUGAUGAUUUUGCAUUGCAACAAUCAAAUAAAAAAUCACUUUAUGUUUCAGUCUUAAGUCUUAGAAAAAAUCAAUAAAUAAGAGUGGAUUUGAACAAACAGCGCCCCCACAUGGCAGAUCAGCGUUUCAAGCUAGGGGUUUGUUGUGAUCUAACUACCAUAUGGAAAGAAAUUAAUAUGAUGUACAGUACCUAUGAUAGGUAAUCCUCUAAUCUCAGUCACUUUGAAUGUAAUACAUGCAUAUGUGAUCGCACAUCACCAGCUGAUACAUGUAUUUAUGUUUAUAUUUAAUACCACAUUACAUUGUCUCUGAAUCCAUCAUUUGUGAAGAACAUAAGAAAUAAUGUCAAUUAGUGCGUUUCCUGGAUCAUCUAUACGAAGAAAAUAUGUUCUGUUCACUAUUUCACUGUCCUUGAUGACAUGUUUUAUUCACUGUGCACUGCCUUAUAUUGUUUGUCCCUUGUUAUACUCUUGUAAAAUGCUCAAUUUGCUACGUUGGGACUCUUCCAGCUACAUUUACGUGCAGUUUGUCAGGGGACUCAUCUGUUUAAAGGAAGCGUAACAUAGUGAAACCUGCAUGCAAGGUUAGAUGGAUUGCAGAGACCAGGUGGCCGUUUUAUAAAGCUGUUUGUUAGUGAAGAGCGACUUUAAUAACGACCGGUGAACCUUUCUUACUUGCUAAACCAUUGCCAAUGAUUAUUUUGGUGUAUACCAUUCACCACAAGAAAGGAUCACUAGUCCUUUAAGUCGCUCUCUACUUACGGACAGCUAUAUGAAACACCCACUGGACCAAACUGGUACCACAGUACUUUUAUACUCUCACCUGAUUGGUUCUUAUUUUCAGAACUGACCAGCUUUCCAUCUAGCACGGCCAGUGUAAUCACAGAUCACAAUGCCAUAUUCCCUUUAAUAUUGUCUUUGUAUGAGUCUGGGCUGCCAUUGGUUCCUGAGUGUAGGAUAAAUGAAGGAUAAAUGAAGAGAUAUGGCUCCCGUUGUGUUAUAUAUAUAAGCUAUUGUAAAUAUUUGUCCAUUUUCCUGUACAUCAGGUUAUUAUUUUUUUCUAGUAUUAUAUCUCACAUAGAAAAAAAAACAGAAAACUUUUUCGGGUAAUUUAGAAAAUAAUAUUGUGAUGUUUGUAGUGUACCUUUUUAUAAAACAGUUUUAAAUCGUGUUCUGUACAGACUUGCUCUGAUCCGAGAUGUGGAUGUUUUUUAAUGGUAGCACAUGACAUUAUUUUUAUUAGUUAAGGGACAAUACAUGUAAGCAAGACAAGAAGGUACUACCCUUAUCUCUCAUCGUUUUCCCUUCAAGUGUACCCACAUUGGCCCGAAUUCACAAAGGUGGUUUUGAAAACCCACGGUUGAGUCCAUUGUUUAUGCAGAUUUCCUGCAUGAAUUACGCUUAUUCUACCGCGUGUAUUUAAAAAUGUCCAAUGCUGAUGCACGCUUUUGUCACAAUGCGCCAAAUUGACGCCUGUUGCCGUGGUUAUCCACGCUAUUUUAUACAUGAGUCCACUCUUCAAACAGUGGACUCAUUAAUAAAAUAGCGUAUCUAACCAUGGAAACAGGCGUCAAUUUGGCGCACUGUGACAAAAGCGCGCAUCAGCAUUGGACAUUUUUUAUACAUGCGCCCGAUACGCGCUAAAAUAAGCGUAAUUUAUACAGGAAAUCUGCAUAAACCAUUGACUCAACCGUGGGUUUUCAAAACCACCUUUGUGAAUUCAGGCCAUUAUGUCUGAUCAAUUUUCAGAUGACACAUGGGAUACUAGCACUAUUCUUGUCUCGCAGAUUUCUAAUAAAAAAUACCAGAAUCGGAAGACUAGGGUAAUUAUCUAUUCUAGAGAUCUUAAGGCAUAACUUAAGUAUUAAAUGCUAUGUAAAGGCAGAUUAUUAUUAUUAUUCCUAUUCUAAUGGUGUAAUUGAUUUGGAAUCUGUUCGUAGAAUUCAGUUUAUAACAGAGGUCUCAUUUACUGAUUAGGAAAUGGUGUUAAUUUGUACUACAAUAUUAUACAAAUAAUGAAUGUUCAUGAGUGCAAUGGACAGAAUAAUUCAUGAGGUGAAAAGAUGAAAUUAUCCAUUCAACGAGACAAAGCCGAUUUGAAUGGAUCAUUCAUUUCUUUUUUCACCGAAUGAAGUAUUCUGUCCAUGGCACGAAUGAAAAGAACAUUCUUUACUUGGUUUAUAUGACACCUAAAAUAGAUUCUUUUUCAUAUGAAAUUUCUGAAUUUCGAUGCAAAAUAUGCUCAUGCAGUGCGAGCUUGGUCUGUUGAUUAUCGCGUACAUACAACAUGCCCGCUGGACACACGGGUGGUUUACUUGAGGUACCUGCAGUCUCGGUGCGUGCUUACAAUGGAAAGAUUGCAUGGAUCCAAAAUUGUAUGGUUGAUGACGUCAUUGUAAAAUGGGCUGGAUGAUCGAUAUAGAACAACCAAUCAAAUGACAAGGAUGAUGAUAGAAGGAUCUAUCUAGAUGUCAUAUAAUACUGUACCUUUAUCCUGUGAAUGUAUUUUUGGAGUUGCUUGUGUUUUCCCUUUUUUGAUUUGAGGCUCGACAUGUGGUGUGUCAUGAAGCUGUUUUUCAAUUUGUGCAUGACAGUUUGAACAACUUGAACAUGAACUGCCAUAAUAUUGAGCCCAAAAUCUUUUCCCUAGGAUGUUGUUAUAGUGUAUUUAAAGCCUCAUUUUAAUUGUUUUGCCUUCACACUGCAAGUGUGAUUGAACAACUAUGUUUGUCAGCUUUCACUUAAAAAGAGAUUGGGAAUGAUUGAGAGUAGCACUCUGCAUCAUUUGAUUGUUACCUCAUGUGUAACUUAAUGCCGUUAACAAUUCUCUGAAACAACCCUAUGUGUCAUUCUUACACUCAAGACCAUGAAAUAUAUAUUCUCUCAUUCUAUUCUGAGAUAAUUUUCUUGUGGUAUAACCCUUGUUUUAUCCUUGUAAAUUGUGGAAACAUUUGUAACAAAUUUACUUUCGUCUAUGUGCUACUUUCGGGAACCCCCACCUAACCAUACUUUUCUCAGUAGCAGAGGGAGGAAUGCUGCAAAGAGCAAAAAGUUAUUUUUUAAUUGAAAUUGAAACAGGGCAUUUUACAUGAUCUAGUGUAUAUUUCAUACCAGUUCCUUUAAAUUAAUAUAGAUUCUGUAUAUGCAACUGAUAAAAGAAUGUUGUAUUUAUGAACAUUGUGAUUGUAACAUUCAUUUAUUUUCUUGGAAAGAGCAGGCCGUGUCAGUUGCAAGUAACACAAGAGACAUGUUUCAUGAUGCAUCUUGUCCGUGAAUUGCUAUCAACCAAUCAGAUGCAAAGAUUUCAGUAGCUUAUAAGAGUUCCUGAAAAUCAGUCACUGACUAAUUUGUUUUAUGAAAUGCUCCUCAGAUUGCUUAUCAUGGUUUGUUUAUCUACGAUGACGAGUUACGCACAAUAUACCAUGGCUUGUGACUGCUUUCUUGUGCUUCUUUAUUGAUAGAGCCAAACAGUGAAAUUAAAAGUAUUGGGUUAUUUGGAGGGGCCUGACUCUAAUAUAUUGUCAUUGGUUUUAAAUUGCAUUUGGUAUUCUCCCAACACUGGUGGCCAAUGAUAGAUCAGCUAGAAGUUUGAUAUUACACGUGUACUUAUGCCCUGUUUUAUUUUUAAGAGUAAUCAAGAUCUACUUCCUCACUUAGAGAGGGGAAAAUUAACAGUGAGGAUGUCUUUUAAUCAGUCACUUUGUACGAUUUCUUGUUAAUAAUAAAUUGAUGAGCGAGUAGUA